AUGGAUCGCUUUGUCGGCCGUUACCUGUUUAUUCUGACGAUACUUUGCGGUCUACUGUAUGAGUACAAAGCGGACAGUGAUCGUGAUAGUCCGCACUCGAGACGGAAGCGUUACGUCGUCUUUCCGGAAGGCUCGAGCUUUUCCAUCGCGCUCUGUAUGACAAUGCAUACUCUAACGCCAGACAACAUCUUCACAGAGGGCGUAAAUUGGGGUAUCUCUUAUGAUCUACCGAACGAGAGUAAGCCGGCUCUCGAACCGUUUCUUCAGCUCAGAAACGAUAGAUUCAAGAGCGCCAACAAAUACGGAUCGUUCAAGAACAGCUUACAAUCGGUGAAUAAGAAUGCCUUCGAGUAUACUGGAUGGAACGUGCCUGGCAAGUACGUCCAAUUUUCCUCGUCUGGAAAGAAGAGGAAAGGUUACAAGGCCAAUUAUUAUUAUCUCCAGAGAAGACAUCGUCGUGAUCUUUACAAUAAACUCGAGGUCAUCAUGAACUCAAUGGGUUUUGACGGCAGAUCCUGUAUCCUUCGUGCGCUUUGCGAGGCCUCCCAACGACUAAUGCCGAAGGGAAACACUCUUGUGGAAGAAAUGAUGAGGAUAUCGUUCUCGUUACCCCUUAAAAAGAUACUUUCUUUUGAACCAGAAGAACAUCACACGUAUACCAAUGCCCAUAAAGCCGGUCACGACGGCCAAGACUGCAUCGCCAUGUUCCCCGGAUGCAGUUUCUCUCUCAUCGACAUGGCCCUCGGGAAAUAUAAUGCACCGUCGAGCGACUAUACCGACGUUACUAGCUACCACCCAUUGCAUCCGGUAAUUCCGAUUGGUUCGUCCGGAACUUAUGCCACCGAUGAUGACCACGACCACGACGUUAGCGAGAAUUGGACAAGAUAUAACAUGAAAUAAACUCUAUCUAUCUUGGACAGGACGAGUUCUCAAAAUUAAAUGAGAUUUUCUUUUUUCGUAUAUCUAAGUACGUAGGAGAAACUUCCGAUAAUAUCAAACGCUAUGAUCGUUUGAUUUUGCCUCUGACGUUUUAAUGAAAAGAUCAAGGUCGACGUUAUAAAAAAUAUUU